AUGCCGAGACCUGACUCCGACUCAGAUCAGUCUCCCCACAGUUUGCCAGACAUCUCUCACUGUGCGCGACAAAGCUACUGUGCUUGUGCCGGUACCAACUACAGCCAUUCCACCGCACAUGAGUUUGCAUCAUUGCAUCAUGCCACUAGCAACCGCUUUCACUACAUUUUCCUCGGCAAUGCUGUCUGCAGGCUCUGGAACGCCCUGCUCUUCUACGACCUCCCCGCAUCUCUGUCGGCGAUGUGCUCAGUGCACACCGACUCUUCCUCGUAUGCCCUGCACACAUUUGCAUUGCAUCAGUGUCAUGCCUGCCACCACAUCCUGUCCUUGUCGGCAUGCUUUGGCUUACAGAAGCACAGCUCUGCCCUGUCUGGGCUCUACCCAAUGGGGAAGGAGCAACGGAUUCGACGCCAAUCCCAAAGACCGGGACAGACCAAUCGCGCCGAGACCAUCAGCGAGCCUAUAGAUGCAGAUGGGACGGAGCCUGCCCGGGACUCAGGCACACACCAGUGUCUAGACUCCGAUGAGGAGGCGGCCUCUCACUCCGCUCAUGCCUCCGACUCUGCAGCUCCCUCUUCAACCUCGCCCAGUGCCACGCGCCUUACGGAUGAAGAAGUUCGCCUCUUACGGUUCGUCCAAUGGAACACGUCCAAGCCUCCUCCUGUCACGAUAUUCCUUCGACCAUACCUUCGAGAGCUACGACAAGGACCCAAGGAGGAUCCCCUGGGCCGUGAACCUCUUCCAAGGCGUCGGCCGAUAGCCCUGGAUGCAACAAACGAGGAGAUCUUCUCCAAUUGCCCGGGAGCGCAUGGUCUUCACUACUUCCUGACCCCGGAAGAUGGCUGGUGGUGCAGCAUAUGCGCCACUGAGCAUCCCAAAGGCACGGGCUUCUAUGGCUGCCGCAAAUGCGACUACGACACCUGCCGCACCUGUGCCACUGCUCCUGCCUCCGAUCAGAAGCCAUCCGCAACCACAGCACCUUCCGAGGACAAUACAGGAGGCGGGGCCUUAGACCAGACACCUCUGCAGGCCAGGAUCACACUCCCGCCCAAGGCCAAGAAGCGACCGGCGCCAAUUUCUGAUUUGGACACAGCCGAGGCGGCCAAGACUGCUACUAGGAAACCAUCAAGGCCUGCAUCCUCUUCGGCUCCCUCUCCAGCCCCCACACCGGCGGUUGAGUUCAUGCACGAGGUCAUCACGGUGGACGACCCGACCCACACCGGACCACCACAGGUCCCAGCUAAGGACAGCAAGCCCGAACCAAGCAACCAGACCUCGCUUGCCCCUGGCGACCUCAUUGCAUCGCUCCUUACUCAGGAUCAACCUGACGGACCAGACUCAACAGCUGCACUGGGGCAGACUUGCAGCAAUACGGCGGCUGACACUUCCUUGAGCCAGUCCUCUACAGCGAGUCCCAAGCCGAUGCUGACCGACCCGGGACAAGACCCACCGCUUCUCUCUGGACCAGAUGAGCCGAGCAAAUCCAGACCGCGUCCGAAAACAAGCACGACGCAGAAGAAACAGAAGAGAAGCAUGCUCAAGACCAAGACCAAGGUCGCCGGAGCCAAAUCCAAGAGCACUUCCAAGCUCAGGAAAUCCACUGAGACCACGGAUGCUACAGCCGUUGAGUACGCCAAUUAUAACUUGGAACCACACGAGCUCGACCACUCUCGCCGUCCCAGGCGAGUGGGAUUCUGGCUUACAGCAGGCCAGAAUGCCAUUGACUCCUCGCCCGCAAGCAAAGCUGCGGGAAGCACCGACCGGGCAUCAACGAAGGGCGCAUAUACAGGGGCUUGCUCAGCAUGCUCUGCACUCCCAUUUGCUCAGCUUCCAAUAUGCUACUCGCUUCCCCUGCUCAGGCUCGUCAACUUCGUGGACACUCAUUCAGGCAGCGGACACGGCCCCAGUCUUCCGUCACAGCAAGCAGCCAUCGCCACAGACACCACCUUACGGGCCUUUGUCUCUCUGUCUCCCUGGCAGGUCUUUGGCCACUUCCCAUCAUCUCUGUGCAAUCGGACGUGCUCUCAGGCGCCGCUUCUGCCAGUGAUUGUUCCUGUCUGCCAUACAUCUCGACAGUGUCGAUUAUCCUGCUCCGACCCACCCCCUGUGGCACAAGCUCGGACACACAGCAUACUAGUCCCUGCCCUUCCGCAGCUCCCUUGUUCACAAUGGCACCAGCAAAGCGGCCGGCCAGCAAUGCUCCUAGCAAGGCACCACCUCGCAAGAAACCUGCAAGCAAGCAGUCAACCUCUGACCACCACGGACUACGAGGCAACUCAGACAAUCCUGAGGCUCAGCAUGACCUACGCACUCCUCGGGACUCUGAUUCAGAUGUUAUCGAUGCCAGAACAGGAGCUGAUCAAGAGGAUUCCUCCACUGAUCAAGAUGGCCCGCGCGGACCGCCACCUCCUAGCCCAGUCAACAUGCCUGGACGCGGAAGCACUGAUGCAGCCGACGGCUUCGAGAUCCCCACUCCGAUCUCUUAUCGUGAUCUGGGUCGGGAGAAUUUUCGUAUCAUUUCGCAGAUGCCUCUGGCCACUGUGCUUCGGCAUGCUGCAUCGCACAUAUUUGGGGCAUCAUCAAGCCGCCCGGAGUCACCCCCCCGGGGAUGAGACUGGCUCUAUCGCGUUCUUCCGUGCAUUGUCUAGCAUUCCAGAGACGCGCUAUCAAAAGAUGAGUUCCACAGCGCACCUAUGUGCACUUCCCCUCAUGCCUUCCGAUUUCGAACCUCGGCUCCGAUGGCACAUUUGCCCAGGAAAAUUCUUCUACAAGCACCUGCGACGUCCGGUGCCCUUCCUGCACCGACUUUACCGUCCGGAUCGCAUUCGCUAUCAAUUCUGGAAUUGCGGGGGCCUCACUGCGAGUCGCUUCCAAGAAAUACGGAGAUGGAUCGCUACCCAUCCACCGACCAUCCUUGUGCUCACUGAGACCUUCUGGAAAGACCACUCCGAGUGGUCUGAGCCUGGCAAAGGAGGAGGACUCUCUUUUAUCCACACCGGAUCAGGCAAGGCGCGAUCCGCUGGCAUUUUAGUCAUCAUACCUCACACCAUUGCCUCUCCACAAAACAUAAGACACGAAACCAUUGUGGCUGGCAGACUCCUUCGUGUCCGGCUGGAGGCUGAACCGUCGCUUGACAUUUUGUGUGUCUACCAGCAUACGUGGGCACUUCUCAAAUGCGAUCGAGAGGCGCGCUCUACGGCAGACCCCACUGCGGACGCAUUGGUGGCGGAGUACCUGCCAGCUCGCACCAACCCUCCCAGGAGGAUUGGCGUUCCCAUCUGCACACUCAUCGACUAUGCCUUCAUGCGCACCGCCCAGGCUGAUACUCUCAGCAAGCAAGCGUAUCCGGCGCACACUGCCAUUGCAUCCCAGCCCGGUCUCACGCAGCUAUUUCGCGACCAGGCACCUCUACCUGUGGACCGUACUGACACCCAGUGGCCAGCACAGAUACAGCAGCUCUGGCAGCUACGAAGCGCCAUCGGUCGUAUUGCCUCACAUUGCGGGCUGACCUUGAGCGUCGAUCUUUCGCGUGCAUUCGACACUCUGCCAGAAUCCAUUCUACAUCAAGCUCUUGUCGCCGCUGCCGUACCGGCCGAUCUCACCAACUGUAUCCUGGAACUGCACAGGCAAGUCAAAUUCUGCCUGCGAGACCACCAGAUCUCGGUGUUGGCUGGUCGAGGAAUCAGACAGGGCUGUCCCCUCGCACCUCAAUUAUGGACCCUGGCCUCAGGCUUCAUCAUCCAGCUGAUACAGCAGCAAACGAGCGCCGACCUUGUCACAGAUGGUUUAUCCCUGUACGCAGAUGAUCACUUAUGCAGCUGGGUUAUCAAAACUGUUGCUGAUUUGAGGCGCGGACUCCGUGAAGCCUCACGCAUCUUAGACACGUUAAGCUCAUGCGAACUGGAGGUCAGUGCGGAAAAGUCGAUCUUCCUGCUCGAACUUCGAGGCCCCAAGGCACAACAGGUUAUGUCUGACAUCACAUGCAAACUUCCGACUGGCCAGGGUGUCAUUGCUGGCAGAUGGAAACUUCCACUGCGAAAGUCUCAUCCCUACCUUGGGAUCAUGCUGUCAUACCGCAGGAUAGAGCAUGAGUCAUACCAGCAUCGGAAGGAGAAAGCCAUCGGCACGUUUGCCAGGCUGGCCCAUGUCCUCAAAGAUCGCCGAGCACUCUCUGAUCCAAUGCGGAUACGCCUUUGGCGCUCGCUUGUAUGGCCAGUCCUUUCAUAUGGCUUGGUGUGUGCAGGUCUGACACCUGAUCUCAUACAAGACUGCACGAGUUUGGUAGCUAAGCAGCUUCGCACCAUUACUCGCAGUCAUAACUACUAUACCAGGGAGACCAACGAAGAGAUUUUUGUCAAGACAGGCAUUCCCACGCCAGCCAAAUGCUUUGCAGAAGAUAUCGUCAGGGAGAUUUCUACAGUUGAGGAGAACCUUCCCUCGAUGACAUUCGCCGAGCCUCCGUCCUUCCUCAGCCAGAGCUUCCCAGCCACGGAACCGAAGCAGAUGUCUCCGGAGGAGUUCGCACCCCCUGGAGGAGAGACCAGCGAAGGCGCCAAGAGGAGCCAACCAGGGGAAGGCUGGACCAAAUGGGCCGAGCUCCGCCGCAUGCACUCCUUGCUACAGAGCGUUUGCCGUCUACUUCUCCGUCACGAAGACUCCCUGAACCUGCAGUCUCUCGACACCCGAUACAUCAUCUUCUGCACCAAUCAGCCAGACGGCAUGCCCAACCGCCUCUGGAAGGUUGCCAAGGCCUGGAAGGAGCUCAGAGACAAAGGUCAGGCCACGAUGGCGUUGAGACAGGCCCUUGCUCAUGCACUGUUCAGCGAAGUCAAGAACCGCAUCACCAAGGCGAUGCAGGACGAUGGACAGAGGGAGCAAGCAGCUCAGAGGGGGUGGAUUACGGAGGAUUGCAAGGGCUGGAACUACCUCCAGUGGGACAACAAGGAGCAGAAACACGUCAUCAACCAGGAGAACGAACCCAUUCUCCACGCAGAAGCCGUCCGACUUCUGGACCGACUCCUCUUUCUCUUUGCCCAACCGGGCGUCCUCCACCGAUUUCACGCGAAGAGGAGCCUCUUGGAGACCGGAGAUGCGCCAGUCAUCGUCUUUGUAAUGGAUAUAGGCCUGAGGAUUCAGCUGGCUCACGAGACGUUCGACACUAUGCAUCGUCUGAGCCAAUCGGCUAUUACUCAGACGGUUGGCAUGAACCUCCGUCAGGAUCGCUUGCAGAGAUCCCCUUUGGCCAACUACAUCCAGAGUCAACUCGCCUCCACAUCCUCCAGCUGUUCCGGAUUGGCUCAUGCGAGGAUUCAGGACUGGACAGCGCCUCACAGGCAGCAUGACGCCGCAGAGUUUUUACAGUACAUGCACAGCCGCUCGCUAUUCCCACAACCUGAUGUCUAUUGGCAAACACGUGUUGAGAUUGACAGGCACACGUGCGUGGAAGAAGAGGGCAACUCACCCGUGAUCUGCCUUUCACUCAGUGCUGCCGCUACGCACGAUACCCAAUCCCUGAUCAAUGACUGGCAUACGCAGGCUGGGACUCGAGCUCUUAAUGGACGGACUGAGCUUGUUGUGAUACAGUUGGCUCGCUACCGAGAUGAUUGCAGUAAGCGCGAUGACCACGUGGCUCAUCAGCCACGACUCGCUAUUCCGACUUUUACAGAUGACCACACGACAAGUACACAUCUGCUGUAUUUCAGGUUGCAAGCCAUUUGUAUUCACCUGGGAAUGCAAGUCACCUCUGGCCAUUAUCAGGCAAUUUUGUAUGAUCACUUGAGCGGCCAAUCUUUUCUCACUGACGAUAAUGUGCCCGCAUCGUUGAUUGCGAAUGUUUCCGAGAUUGAACAGUUCUACCGUAGCAACUACCUCCUUUUCUAUGUUAUUGAUGAUCGUACUGUCGCAUAG